AUGUUAAGAGAAAAUUAUAAUUUAGCUGUCAAAGUAAAGAGCAAAUUAGUCAGAGAUGCAAAUUCAAAUACUGGAUUGAUGAGAUUGGUCACUCAAGCAAAUUUACUUGAUAGAAUAACAGAAGAACUUCAAAGGGAAAACGAAGAAAGAUUGAGAAACUUAAGUAAAGUGAAAUACAGCAUUAACACAUUAUUCACAAAGAAUAAAACGAUACAGCAUGAUAGGGUGAUACAUGCUGAACAUAUUGAAGAAUGUGAAAUCAGCGACAGUGAUAGUGAUAGUGAUAGCGAAGAUGAUUACUAUUACAGUGAUGGAGAUGAAGAAACCGGAGAAAUUACAUAUUGUGAAGCAUUACCCACAAAACUCACAGUAAUACCCGAAAUGACGGGAGUCGUGGCUUGA